UUCUGAGAGAAACACCGCUAAACAAGCAAACAAUGAAGCUGCUUGUCCUCCUUGCUGCUUUAAGCGCCUUGGUCUGCCUGGCCAGCGCUGGAUACAUCAGGAGUGGUUGGUCUGGCGGCGGUUGGUCCGGCCGGGGCUGGUCUGGGGGCAGCAGGGGUUGGUCUGGCGGAUGGUCGUCCCCCGUGGUCGUCAGACGGGUCUACUCCUCCCCAUCUUACGGCUGGAGCGGCUACGGAGGAUACGGCGGUUACGGAAGCGGCUGGAGGUCAGGAUGGAACAGCGGCUGGUGGUAGAAUAUUUUGGGAACAACUAAUUUUGUACAGUUAACUUGAUAUUUCUAUAACAAAGUCGAUCUUGCUUCUAACUGUACAAUAUCAUCGUCUAACUUUACCCCUUUGUGGAGGACUGCGUGGAUAUCUUGCGUUAUACCUUUUUUAAACCAAUAUAGAAGUAAUAUUUCUACUAUUGAACUUACUAGGUACUUCCACAGCAUAACCAUGACAAAGAACAAUAUUAAUCAACCAUAUGAUGAUCAUUUUAAUUAAAAUGUGCCAUUAAUAUUUUAUUGUUUAUAUAUCUGUUUUACGGCGCACAGUACUGUCAUACCAGGAUCAAAUAAUUGGUUAGCAGUUAAUAGUGAGGCUGAAAACAAAUUAAAUACACAGAACGUCAUCAUGUUGUGUCUUCGCUAUAAUUAAUUUCUCUUCAGCGUUGUUUUGGACCACCCGGGUUAUACAGAAACGUUGACAUGUCUUAUCUUCUCUAUUCUUUCUUUCUCGGCGGUAGAGAAAGAAAAGAAAGCAUUUAAGACAUGCGCCCUUGAGGAAUGGAAUUAUUCGGUCCCAAGAAUCAGCCCUAGUAUUUUGCAUGUAACCAUUACGUGAUCUGCCUGUUUUAAAAAGGUCAUUAACAAA